CCGGGCGCGUCGGUGCGGCUCCGGCGGCUCCGCGGCGGCGGCUCGAGCGCCUGGCGCGUCCCGAGCCCUCCCUGCCGGGGCGCCGGGCCGGGGGAUGCGCGCGGCGCCCGCGAGCCAUGGUCCGCUUCGGGGACGAGCUGGGCGGCCGCUAUGGGGGCGCGGGCGGCGGGGAGCGGGCGCGGGGCGGCGGGGCCGGCGGGGCGGGCGGCCCGGGCCCCGGGGGGCUGCCGCCGGGCCAGCGGGUCCUCUACAAGCAGUCGAUCGCGCAGCGCGCGCGGACCAUGGCGCUCUACAACCCCAUCCCGGUCAAGCAGAACUGCUUCACCGUCAACCGCUCGCUCUUCGUCUUCAGCGAGGACAACGUCGUCCGCAAAUACGCCAAGCGCAUCACCGAGUGGCCUCCGUUCGAGUACAUGAUCCUGGCCACCAUCAUCGCCAACUGCAUCGUGCUGGCGCUGGAGCAGCACCUCCCGGAGGGCGACAAGACGCCCAUGUCCGAGCGGCUGGACGACACAGAGCCCUACUUCAUCGGUAUCUUCUGCUUUGAGGCGGGCAUCAAGAUCAUCGCGCUGGGCUUCGUGUUCCACAAGGGCUCCUACCUGCGUAACGGCUGGAACGUCAUGGACUUCGUGGUGGUGCUCACAGGGAUCCUGGCUACUGCGGGCACAGACUUUGAUCUUCGGACUCUGCGGGCCGUGCGCGUGCUCCGGCCCCUGAAGCUGGUGUCUGGGAUUCCAAGUUUGCAGGUGGUACUCAAAUCCAUCAUGAAGGCCAUGGUCCCACUACUGCAGAUCGGCCUGCUUCUCUUCUUCGCCAUUCUCAUGUUCGCCAUCAUUGGCCUGGAGUUCUACAUGGGCAAAUUCCACCAGGCAUGUUUCGUCAAUAGCACAGGGCCAGAGGUCACAGACCCAGUGGGCGACUUCCCCUGUGGCAAGGAGGCCCCCGCCCGGCAGUGUGAGGGUGACACUGAGUGCCGUGAGUACUGGCGAGGGCCCAACUUCGGCAUCACCAACUUCGACAACAUCCUGUUUGCCAUCCUGACAGUGUUCCAGUGCAUCACCAUGGAGGGCUGGACCGACAUCCUAUACAACACAAACGAUGCGGCAGGCAACACCUGGAACUGGCUCUACUUCAUCCCCCUCAUCAUCAUUGGCUCCUUCUUCAUGCUCAACCUGGUGCUGGGCGUGCUCUCGGGAGAAUUCGCGAAGGAGCGGGAGCGGGUGGAGAACCGCAGGGCGUUUCUGAAGCUCCGCCGGCAGCAGCAGAUUGAGCGGGAGCUGAACGGGUACCUGGAGUGGAUCUUCAAGGCUGAGGAAGUCAUGCUGGCAGAGGAGGACAAGAAUGCAGAAGAGAAGUCCCCUCUGGACGCAGUGCUGAAGAGAGCAGCCACCAAGAAGAGCCGCAACGACCUGAUCCACGCAGAAGAGGGCGAGGACCGUUUCGCAGACCUCAGCGCGGUCGGGUCCCCCUUCACCCGUGCCAGCCUCAAGAGCGGGAAGACAGAGAGCUCGUCAUACUUCCGUCGGAAGGAGAAGAUGUUCCGCUUCUUCAUCCGGCGCAUGGUCAAGGCGCAGAGCUUCUACUGGGUGGUGCUGUGUGUCGUGGCCCUCAACACGCUGUGUGUGGCUAUGGUGCACUACCACCAGCCUCAGAGACUAACCACUGCACUGUACUUUGCAGAGUUUGUCUUCCUGGGCCUCUUCCUCACAGAGAUGUCCCUGAAGAUGUACGGCCUGGGGCCUCGGAGCUACUUCCGCUCGUCCUUCAAUUGCUUCGACUUUGGGGUCAUUGUGGGGAGCAUCUUUGAAGUGGUCUGGGCCGCCAUCAAGCCAGGCACCUCCUUUGGGAUCAGUGUGCUGAGAGCCCUCCGCUUGCUGCGGAUCUUUAAGGUCACAAAGUACUGGAACUCCCUGCGGAACCUGGUGGUAUCUCUGCUCAACUCCAUGAAGUCCAUCAUCAGCCUUCUCUUCCUGCUCUUCCUCUUCAUCGUGGUCUUCGCUCUGCUGGGCAUGCAGCUGUUUGGGGGGCAGUUCAACUUCAGAGAAGAGACUCCUACAACCAACUUUGAUACCUUCCCGGCUGCCAUCCUCACUGUAUUCCAGAUCCUGACGGGGGAGGAUUGGAACGCCGUCAUGUACCAUGGGAUCGAGUCGCAGGGAGGAGUCAGCAAAGGCAUGUUCUCCUCCUUCUACUUCAUCGUCCUGACGCUGUUUGGAAACUAUACUUUGCUGAAUGUCUUCCUGGCCAUCGCCGUGGACAACCUUGCCAAUGCUCAGGAGCUGACAAAGGAUGAAGAGGAGAUGGAAGAAGCAGCCAAUCAGAAACUUGCUUUGCAGAAGGCCAAAGAAGUGGCUGAAGUCAGCCCCAUGUCUGCGGCCAACAUCUCCAUCGCUGCUUUUGUAAAGCAAACUCGAGGUACUGUAUCUCGCAGCCCAUCUGUCUCCAGCGUAAGCUCACCCAGGCAGCAGAGCUCCGCCAAGGCGCGCUCGGUGUGGGAGCAGCGGGCCAGCCAGCUGCGGCUGCAGAACCUGCGCGCCAGCUGCGAGGCGCUCUACAGCGAGAUGGACCCGGACGAGCGGCUGCGCUACGCCACCACGCGCCACCUGCGGCCCGACAUGAAGACGCACCUGGACCGGCCGCUGGUGGUGGAGCCGGGCCGCGGGCCCGCGGGCUGCAAGGCCCGGGCCGAGCCGGCCGAGCCGGCCGAGCCGGCCGAGCCGCCGCGCCGGCACCACCGGCACCGCGACAAGGACAGGCCCGCGCCGGAGCGGGCGCAGGACGGCAACGCGGGCCAGGCCGCCCCCGGGCCCGAGGGCGCCGAGCCGGGGGCGCGCGAGGAGCGCGCGCGGCCGCACCGCAGCCGCAGCAAGGAGGCGGCCGCGCCCCGCGAGCCCCGUGCGGAGCGCCGCGGCCCGGGCCCCGACGGCGGCCGGCGCCACCACCGCCACGGCUCCCCCGAGCACGCGGAGCGCGAGCCGCGCCGCCACCGCGCGCACCGGCACGACCCCGCGCGCGAGCCCAAGGACGCGGCCAAGGGCGAGCGGCGCGCGCGCCACCGCGGACCCCGGCCCGCGCCCCGGGACGCCGACGGCGCCGACGAGCCGCGGCGGCACCGCGCGCGGCACCGGGCGCACGAGGACGCCGAGAAGGACGCGGCCGCCGGAGACUGCGAGCCGGAGGACAGGGACAAGGAGCAGGAACCGCGGAACCACCAGCCCAAGGCGCCUCACUGUGACCUGGAGGCUGGUGGGAUACCAGCCAUGGGGUCUGUACACGCAGCGCCCAGCACCUGUCUCCAGAAGGUGGACGAGCAACCAGAGGACGCAGACAAUCAGCGGAACGUCAGCCGCAUGGGCAGCCAGCCCCUGGAUCUGAGCACCUGUGUGCACAUCCCUGCGCCAGGGGUGGGCACUGCUGGGGAGUCCUCGGCUGCGCCCGGCGGCGUUGUGGACCUGGAAAGCCAAGCCGAGGGGAAGAAGGAGUCGGAGGCUGACGAUGCCACGAGACGGCCCCGGCCCAUCGUCCCCCACAGCUCCAUGUUCUGUCUCAGCCCCACCAACCUGCUCCGCCGUUUCUGCCAUUACAUUGUGACCAUGCGGUACUUUGAAAUGGUCAUUCUCGUGGUCAUUGCCCUGAGCAGCAUCGCACUGGCAGCUGAAGAUCCUGUGCAGACAGAUUCCUCCAGGAACAACGUCUUGAAAUACAUGGACUACAUCUUCACAGGCGUCUUUACCUUUGAGAUGGUGAUAAAGAUGAUUGAUCUGGGACUACUGCUGCACCCUGGUGCCUAUUUCCGGGACCUGUGGAAUAUUCUGGACUUUAUUGUGGUCAGUGGGGCCCUGGUGGCCUUUGCCUUCUCAGGAUCCAAAGGGAAAGACAUCAACACCAUCAAGUCCCUGAGAGUUCUUCGUGUCUUACGGCCCCUCAAGACCAUCAAACGGCUCCCGAAGCUCAAGGCCGUGUUUGACUGUGUGGUGAACUCUCUGAAGAAUGUCCUCAAUAUCCUCAUCGUCUACAUGCUCUUCAUGUUCAUAUUUGCUGUCAUUGCUGUGCAGCUCUUCAAAGGGAAGUUCUUCUAUUGCACUGAUGAAUCCAAGGAGCUGGAGAGGGACUGCAGGGGUCAGUACCUGGACUACGAGAAGGAGGAGGUGGAAGCUCAGCCCCGGCAGUGGAAGAAAUAUGACUUCCACUAUGACAACGUGCUCUGGGCUCUGCUGACACUCUUCACUGUGUCCACGGGAGAAGGCUGGCCCAUGGUGCUAAAGCACUCGGUAGAUGCCACCUACGAGGAGCAGGGCCCGAGCCCGGGGUUUCGCAUGGAGCUCUCCAUCUUCUACGUCGUCUACUUCGUGGUCUUCCCCUUCUUCUUCGUCAACAUCUUUGUGGCCCUGAUCAUCAUCACCUUCCAGGAGCAGGGGGACAAGGUGAUGUCUGAGUGCAGCCUGGAGAAGAACGAGAGGGCUUGCAUCGACUUUGCCAUCAGCGCCAAGCCCCUGACGCGGUACAUGCCCCAGAACAAGCAGUCCUUCCAGUACAAGACCUGGACCUUUGUAGUCUCGCCACCCUUCGAGUACUUCAUCAUGGCCAUGAUCGCCCUCAACACAGUGGUGCUGAUGAUGAAGUUCUAUAACGCGCCGGAAGAGUACGAGCUCAUGCUGAAGUGUCUCAACAUCGUGUUCACCUCCAUGUUCUCCAUGGAAUGUGUGCUGAAGCUCAUCGCCUUUGGGGUGCUGAACUACUUCCGAGAUGCGUGGAAUGUCUUUGACUUUGUCACAGUGUUGGGAAGUAUUACUGAUAUUUUAGUAACAGAGAUUGCGAACAACUUCAUCAACCUCAGCUUCCUCCGCCUCUUCCGGGCCGCGCGGCUCAUCAAGCUGCUCCGGCAGGGCUACACCAUUCGCAUCCUGCUGUGGACCUUUGUCCAGUCCUUCAAGGCCCUGCCUUACGUGUGCCUGCUCAUCGCAAUGCUCUUCUUCAUCUACGCCAUCAUAGGCAUGCAGGUCUUCGGAAAUAUUGCUCUGGAUGAUGAAACCAGCAUUAAUCGGCACAACAACUUCCGGACAUUUUUGCAAGCCUUGAUGCUGCUCUUCAGGAGUGCCACCGGGGAGGCCUGGCACGAGAUCAUGCUGUCCUGUCUCAGCAACCAGGCCUGUGAUGAGCACGCCAGUGCCAGUGAGUGUGGAAGUGACUUCGCCUACUUUUACUUCGUCUCCUUCAUCUUCCUUUGCUCCUUUCUGAUGUUGAACCUCUUUGUGGCUGUGAUCAUGGACAAUUUUGAGUACCUCACGCGGGACUCUUCCAUCCUAGGGCCUCAUCACCUGGACGAGUUCAUCCGGGUCUGGGCUGAGUACGACCCGGCUGCGUGUGGGCGCAUCAGUUACAAUGACAUGUUUGAGAUGCUGAAGCACAUGUCCCCGCCCCUGGGGCUGGGGAAGAAGUGCCCUGCGCGUGUUGCCUACAAGCGCCUGGUUCGCAUGAACAUGCCCAUCUCCAACGAGGACAUGACCGUCCACUUCACGUCCACGCUGAUGGCCCUCAUCAGGACUGCGCUGGAGAUCAAGCUGGCUCCAGCUGGCACAAAGCAACACCAGUGUGACGCAGAGUUGAGGAAGGAGAUUUCCUCUGUGUGGGCCAAUCUGCCCCAGAAGACCCUGGAUUUACUGGUGCCACCUCAUAAACCUGAUGAGAUGACAGUGGGAAAGGUCUAUGCUGCGCUGAUGAUCUUUGAUUUCUACAAGCAGAACAAAACCACGAGAGACCAGAGUCACCAAGCUCCUGGAGGGUUGUCCCAGAUGGGCCCCGUGUCCCUGUUCCACCCUUUGAAGGCAACGCUGGAGCAGACGCAGCCAGCAGUGCUCCGAGGAGCCCGGGUUUUCUUGCGGCAGAAGAGCUCAGCCUCUCUCAGCAACGGCGGGGCAGUGCAGACCCAAGAGAGUGGCAUCAAAGAGUCUGUUUCCUGGGGCACCCAGAGAACCCAAGAGGUGCCCUAUGAGGCCAAGACACCCCUGGAGCGUGGCCACUCUACUGAGAUCCCAUUAGCAGAACCAGGAAAGCCCGCCGUGGAUGUCCAGAUGCAGAGCAUGGCCCUUCGAGGCCCUGAUGGGGAACCGCACCCUGGACUAGAGAGCCAGGGCCGGGCGGCGUCCAUGCCUCGCCUGGCUGCUGAGACUCAGCCCGCCCCAGACACCAGCCCCAUGAAGCGGUCCAUCUCCACGCUGGCGCCGCAGCGCCCUCAUGUGACUCAUCUCUGCAACACCACCCUGGAGCGAGCCCCAGCGGGCCAACCAGCUCCCCACCACCACCACCGCUGCCACCGCCGCAGAGACAGGAAGCAGAAGUCUCUGGAGAAGGGGCCCAGCCUGUGUGCGGAUACCGACGGGGCACCCAGCAGCGCGGUGGGGCCAGGGCUGCCCCCAGGAGAGGGCGCCACAGGCUGCCGGCGGGAACGCAGGCAGGAGCGUGGCCGGUCCCAGGAGCGCAGGCAGCCGUCGUCCUCGUCCUCGGAGAAGCAGCGCUUCUACUCCUGUGACCGUUUUGGGGGCCGCGAGCCACCACAGCCCAAGCCUUCGCUCAGCAGCCACCCCACAUCUCCCACAGCCGGACAGGAGCCAGGACCACCCAGACAGGGUGGUGGUUCCGUUAAUGGGAGCUCCAUGCUGCCAACUUCUGGUGCUAGCACCCCAGGCCGCAGUGGGAGGAGACAACUUCCCCAGACCCCCCUGACCCCCCGCCCCAGCAUCACCUACAAGACGGCCAACUCUUCACCCGUCCACUUCACGGGGGCUCAGAGCAGCCUGCCGGCCUUCUCUCCUGGCCGGCUUAGCCGCGGCCUUUCUGAACACAACGCUCUGCUCCAGAGAGAGCCCCUCAGCCAGCCCCUGGCACCUAGCUCUCGGAUCGGCUCUGACCCUUACCUGGGGCAGCGUCUGGACAGCGAUGCUACUGCCCGCCCCCAGCCCGAGGACACACUCACCUUUGAGGAGGCCGUGGCCACCAACUCAGGCCGUUCCUCUCGGACUUCCUAUGUGUCUUCCCUGACCUCGCAGUCCCACCCUCUCCGGCGCGUACCCAAUGGCUACCACUGCACCCUGGGACUCAGCUCGGGCGGGCGGGCACGGCACAGCUACCACCACCCUGACCAAGACCACUGGUGCUAGCUGCACUGCUCAGUGGCACAUUCCAGUGGAUGAGUUUUAUCAUCCAUGCUGGGUGCCAGGCUGCUCAGGGGUGCCAAGGCCAGGGCUGCAGCUGCUGGCUGGAGACCCCUCUGCUCCGCUUUCUUCUUGGCACCAGCUGGAUGAGUAAUGCAGUAAUGCUGUUUGUGGAGGGGUGUGGCCUGCCCCCACAUGCUGCCUCCCUGAGUCACGCCUGCAGGCCCUGCCCAGGACGCAGCUCUGUGUGCUGAGGACUGGUGGGUCCUAGUGCAUUUAUUGGGAACUUUUUGUGAGGUGUGGAUCUUGGAGGGGCAGCCUCUGCCCAGAUACAUGGCCUAGAGGGCCAGGGCGAGCCUCAGGAUGGGAGCUGAUGGCAAAUCGGGCUGCAGCCUCAUGAGCCUGGCCCUAUGUGCUAGGCACAUCAGCGUCCACAACACACACGUCCAGCCUCGCUCUGUGCACCUUAAAUAGCAAAUGGACACAAGAAACACAGUCACUCGUUCUCUCUCUUCUCCCAGACAUUGUCCACCUUGAGGGGACCAAAUCUGAAAAACACUUUUGUUGUUGAUUUAGGGUUUUUAAUCACAACACCAUUCCAUCUUUUGUCAGUUAUCUAUACUUGAUCUAGGAAAACUAGAAAACCAGAGAAACAGGAAGGAUCAGUUACAUCACUUCAAAGACCAAACCUGUUGUAACAUCUCAACUUUCCAUGAUGUGCUUUUGUGACUUGUAUGAGGAGAUGCUCUUGUGUCCAUUCCAGGGGUCCCCUGGGUGACCCCUGGCUCCUGCUGCUCUCGACCAAGUGCCUGACCUCCAGGCUUGCGCCAGGCUCCUGGGGGCGGUGACAUGAGGCCUGUGUCACCACUGUGGGUGGCUGUGUGGGAACUCAUCCAAAGAGCAGCCCAGGUGGUAGCUGCUGCCAGUGGAGACCCGUGGACCACCUCCAGGAGGCUGGCUGCCAUUGCAAUGGGUACUCAUUCCCCUCCUCCUCCACAGAGGAGGGCUCCCCGGAAGCAGAGUGUGCUUGUAGGGGCCAUUUCAGGCUGUUCACACCGAUUCUCAGGGAUGGGAUGCCAGCCAAGCAAGCUGGGCAUAAGACCAGUCUCUAAGGCUUUCCAUGUGAGACCGGGAGAGGGAGAGGCAGAGGGAGGAGGGGAGUGGUGGGGCAGCUAUGGCAACACUGGGCAGGAGGAGCCUUUGUCCAGGCAUUGUGGGCCACCAGGUUUGCCCGGCUGAGGUGGUGGGCACAGGAGAACCCUGUUCUAGCAGCUGAGGGGCCCUCUGGGUACAGGCCACUGCCAGAAGGGAAACCCACAUCCACAGCCAUGGUGUCCAGGAUGCGAGGAGGAGCUUUGCUUUCUGAGGCAAAGCAGCAUUUGGACAAGUAGGCUGUGGCAAGUCCUUGUUCUUGUGGCUGAGUGCUCCCUGGCUCCACGACCCUCUGUGGAGGAGUUUGGAGUGUGGUGUGUGUGCACGUCUGUGUGGAGGUGUGUCCCAGGAGUGGAUGCUGUCAUACCUUAGGGCUAUGCAACAAAGACACGUGUCACAGAACACAGCCAGACCAUCUCCUGGUGUCGGCUCAGCAUGACCGUGACCAAACUUUUAUAGAAUCUCCUUACUGGAAGGCACAACACUCUGACUUCAUGAUGACAGAGUGCUUCACUCCGUAGGGUGCACAGCUGUGCAUGUGUCCUCCUGCCCCUGCGCAGCAGAAGGGCGUGUAUCUCAACAUUGAUGUUUGUCUAUGGUCCCCCAGCCCACGUUCUCUUGAAUGUAUCCAUUCUGUGCAGAAUCGCAGCCGCUUCCCCAGGCCUGUCGGGUGAGAACCCACAGCUGCACUGGCUCUUCUGGAUUCUUCUAGACAACUCCUCUGGAACUGGUGAUGAUUACAGGGUGGGGGGAGGCGAUAUCGUCUUGCUUUCCUGACUAUGGGUUUUAUUUCUGUACUGUCUCUUCUCAGCUAUCUUGUUUUCCCUGAAAUCUCAUAGUGAGUUGCCAAAUUUGAAAUGCAUCAACCAAUUGUCUGCAUCUGGAACCAGUCAAGCAGUGGCUGUAGUUUGAACAAGUUAUGUGUGCAUGUAAAAUAUAUACAUAUAUACAUAUAUACAAGUAUGUGCAUGAAAAUGUAUAUCUUCGUACUUUUUGAUACAAUGUAUUCAUUUGUUAAUUUUUAAUUAUAUUUGAUAUAAAUCAAAGGUUUGUUGCAAAACUUUAUAUUUAAGAACAGUGUUAAAAAAAAAAAACAAAAAGGGAAGUCCCAACCAUGCAACACAACUGGGGCUGGCUUCCAAAAAAAUCCUGUGAUUGACUAGUUUGCUGCCUGAGUAAUAUUUAUCAGCCAAACUUUGGAUUCUGCUGUUGUUUCUACAAUGACAUUUUGUAUGAAGCAAAGUCCUUGGAUUAAAAUAAAACUUAGCAAAAAACCAAAACCCAAA